AUCAAUAAUGGCUGAACAUUGUGACAAACAUGGUCUAGACUACUGGCCAAAGAGGAAUGACCCAUUGCGUGCAACUGUUGUGCCACGGCUCUCAAAGAGUAACAAGGAUGAAAUGAAUAAUAAUACCCUGUCCCGAUGUCGAAGUUUGGAAUUUUUAGUCGAUCGAAAUCAGACUAACAGGAAACUGGAUAAAGGAGGCAACGGGAAUUUACAUAGAAGUUUCGAUUUAUUGAAUAACAUGGAGCGACAUGAAGCAGUAAUACAUCAUAACAUGACUGAUGCGGACAUAUCGAGAUCGAGUUCGCUUCAACACAGCACCAACACAAGUGACUCUGGUCGAAAGUCAUCCAAGAAAUAUUCACUAGAUUUUCGAGAAAAAUAUGAUGACGAACAUAGCACGCUAUCAGACGCUGAAAGUUUAGAAGAUUUUUCGAAUAAAACGAAAGAAGUCAUUCAAAUGAAGCGCGCCACCCGGCAAAAGUUCAAGGAGAGAACAAUAAACGAAUUGCGUGAAAGGCAAAAAGAUGAAAAUACUUUUUUGAAAUACCCACCAAACUUUAGCAGUACACUCACAUCAAACAGUUUCAAUGAUCUAAGAGACUAUUACCCAUCUGAUCACUAUCCAAAUGAUUUCGAUGACAUUUCAGUUGAAAUGAAGAACAUAACAAAGCUGUUGAGCGCUUCACUCAUUGAACCGUUGGAAUCGAUACCAUCAACCUCGUCCUCAUUUUAUCAAAGUACAGAUAAAUUAUUGCCUAAGCGAUUCACUCUUUAUGGAAAAGAUCAUGAUGACAACGUUGUAGAUCAUGACGACGGUGAUGAUAAUUUUUCAAUAAAAAGCGAACUUGAACUCGAGGCUACAAAUUCUUAUGGCAGUAAAUCCACAGAUAAGAGUACAACUCAAGCAAAACCAUUUACUGCGAACGGAUUUUUCCAAAAUACUUGCUUUGAAAAUAGAUCGAGUUCAUCGUGUGAUACACUUAAAUCAAUUGAACUACCAAUACUGAAAGGUAACACUAACGAAAACGACAAUACAGAAGAGGAAGAAGAAAGUGACACCGAUCUAGAAGAGGUGGUUGACGUACUAGUUAAAGUACCGGUACAUUUACAAACCUUUAGUCAUCGAGCACCACGCCCUGGUCUUGUGUCCGCACGAAUCAAAUCAUUGUUAGCAAAAAAUCUACAGACUAACAACAGAAUCCGAUCUACUCUGAUUGGCAACACAUCAAAUUUCAAAAAUUCAAAACAGUUACGCGUACCUUCGAAAGCAAUUGAUUCGCCGAUAUCACAAGAUAGCUCUAAUACGCCACAGGAUAAUGUCUCUCCACAUGGAAAACUACAGGCAACGAUUAAUUCGUCAAAAACUGAAGCACAAAUUACAACCCAUACCGAUUCAAAUGGCAAACGUACAAAUAUUUAAAAAAAAUUUUUCACAUUUCAGAUAUUUCAUGGAUACGGAUCGUUUGGCCAUUAUGGCUAUAGUGUUCAACGUUGUUUUUUUCUCGAAUUUUUGGAAACAAGAAGAUGCUAUCGAUUUAUGUUUUUUGUUCACGUAUUCAACAAAUUCGAUUAAUAGCGUUGAUGCCUCGAAAAUUUCAAAAAUAUGAUGAAAUAGUGCACUAUUUUGAGUACAAAAAAUGACAAGCAAAGCUCUGCAUCAGAUAUUUGAAUUGAUCAAAUACAUUUCAUCUUUUAUUUUUUUUAUCAAAAUAAUAUUCUACAAAAUUGAUAAAAUAACAAUAAUUGCAACAUUAAAUGAUGUUUUUUUGUUUUGUUUUUUUUUAAUUGUAGUUUAAAUAUAGUUUCGUGAAUUCAUUUGAAUUAUUA